GUGGUGGGAUCGACGGAUGAGUUCCACUUCGUCCACAACGCCAUCCCUCACGCACGCACCAAGCGCAGCAUCCUACACACACGGAAGCUCAAGGCCGAUCCUCAAGUCCACUCCGCGUUCCAACAGCUCGGAUUCCGGCGGGUGAAGCGAGGCUACAAACCACUGAAAGUUGAGAACCUCGUCCCCCUACAGAGCAUUCAGUCGGACCGGGAUCCGACGGACCCUUACUUCGAGUACCAGUGGUAUCUGAAAAACACCGGCCAGAACGGCGGGAAGCCUCGGCUGGACCUCAACGUGGAGGCGGCGUGGGCUCAGGGCUUCACUGGACGCAACGUAACUACUGCCAUUAUGGACGACGGAAUUGAUUACAUGCACCCGGACCUCCGUCACAAUUAUAAUGCUCGAGCAAGUUGGGAUUUUAGUAGCAACGACCCCUAUCCCUAUCCACGCUACACGGACGACUGGUUCAACAGCCACGGGACGAGGUGCGCCGGCGAGGUGUCUGCGGCCCGAGACAAUGGGGUCUGUGGCGUCGGCAUCGCGUACGACUCUCUGGUUGCAGGAAUUCGCAUGUUGGACCAGCCCUACAUGACGGAUCUGAUCGAAGCCAACAGCAUGGGACAUGAGCCGAACCUCAUACACAUCUACUCGGCCUCAUGGGGACCUACUGACGAUGGGAAGACUGUGGACGGACCGAGGAACGCUACCAUGAAGGCAAUUGUGAGGGGAGUUAAUGAGGGUCGCAACGGCCUCGGGAACAUCUACGUCUGGGCCUCUGGCGACGGCGGCGAGGACGACGACUGCAACUGCGACGGCUACGCGGCCUCCAUGUGGACCAUCUCCAUCAACUCCGCCAUCAACGACGGCUCCAACGCCCACUACGACGAGUCCUGCUCCUCCACCCUCGCCUCCACCUUCAGCAACGGAGCCAAGGACCCCAGCACAGGCGUGGCUACAACGGACCUCUACGGAAAGUGCACGAAGACCCACUCAGAACCUCCAGCUGCAGGCUGCAGGAGUCUUCGCCCUAACCCCAACCUGACCUGGCGAGACAUCCAGCACCUGACGGUCCUCACCAGCAAGAGGAACUCCCUCUUCGACGCCAAGCACCGCUACGACUGGCACAUGAACGGCGUUGGUCUGGAAUUCAACCAUCUCUUCGGCUUCGGUGUGCUGGACGCGGGCGCCAUGGUGGCUCUGGCUCGGGACUGGGUGACUGUCCCGCCGAGGUACCACUGCCAGGCCGGGAUCUACCAGACACCCAGGAAGAUCAGCGUGAACGAAACCAUCGAAAUCAAGAUCGAGACGGACGCCUGCGCCUGGAGCGACACCGAGGUCAACUACCUGGAGCACGUGCAGGCGGUCAUCACCCUCAACGCCAGCAGACGCGGCGACGUGGAGCUCUUCAUCGUCUCGCCGAUGGACACCAAGUAGGUCAUGAUCCUGAGCAGGCGGCCGAACGACGACGACUCCCGGGACGGUUUUACGAAGUGGCCCUUCAUGACCACCCACACCUGGGCGAGAACCCCCGGGCACCUGGAGGCUCAUGGCGCGGUCCUUGAAUGCGCGAGACGGACCGAGGAGGAGCUGGAUAAAAGGGAAUGGGACCUAGAUAAGCUCCACGGGACACGCGAGGAGCCCUACGCCCACCUGCCCGUCAAGGAUCCUCACUCGAAACUCGCCAUUGUCAAGAAAGCGCAUCAGGACAAGAAGAUUUAGGAACACACCAAGAUUACUUGCUUGAAGAAUCAUAUUUUUUUGAGAGAGAGAGAGAGAAGGAAGAAAAAAAGAUAUAUAUUAUGAUCUGUUAUAUUCAACUCCCUGACGAACAACAAAAGAAAAGAAAAAGAAAAAGAUAUGUACUGUAUUGAUUUUAACAAUUGGAUACUGGAAGAUGAAUUAUAAGUUAGAAAAAGAAUAUAUAGAUAUGAUGAUAACAUAGAGGACUAAGAUUAAAAUCUCCGAAAAUAAAUGAAAUCUCACUAACGAUCAGGGUGACUCAGCAGGCAUUAUAGAUGGUUGAUUUGAUUUGAUUUCUUCUUCUCUUCUUUAUCUUCUUCCUCUUUUUCUCCGAGGGAUUGGUCCCAAUCAAGCCUAGCGCGUGGUAGGCCCCACUGAAAUAGUCCCCAGCCCUACUCCAGUGGGGCCUUCGCUAGCAGGGACCCCCGAAGGCCCUCGUCUCCCGAUGCUUCCGUUUUCUGUGUCCUGUGUCAACCUUCCCGUUUUCUAAAUCCUGUGUCAGCCUUUUCCGUUUUCUAUAUCCUGUGUAAACCUUUCCGUUUUCUAUAUCCUGUGUCAACCUCUGAGAAAUACGCAGACUCUCAGAAAUAGAAUGGAGAUCAGUUUUUAGUAUAGAGGUAUAACAAAAAAUCAGUAAAAAAUCAAUAAAAAAAGGAAGACAAAAAUCCUGUUUUAUUUUUGGAUUUUAGAUGAGAAUGCUCUGUUAGUACAGUAUAAAUAUAUAUAUAUAAAUACAUAUAAAUGAGUAGUCAUUCCACGUUAUCGUAAUGUUCAAACAUUCUCUUGAUGUAGAAGUCACUUUG